UUUUUUGAAAUUUUUGGAGCCGCCGUUGCCCGCACCUCAAUGCCACCGCGAACCCGAUACAGCGCCACCAUCUCUACCAGCUCAAGUAGGCCUAAGCUUCCAAUCCGACCCUCUAAAGGCAUAAUCGCAGCUUUCAACAGAGUACAACUCGGGAAAAUUAACGUCCGUGGUUAAACAAUAGGAAAACGGUGACGGUUGCGGAGAAGCAAUUGUGAAUAUUAAAGCUAAUUUUGGAUUCCCCGCACGGACUGGAUUUAUGAAUCUAAAAACGGCAUGGAAAUGGGGGUUCAGAAUGCCGAAACACAAGCGAUUGCCAAACCAUUUCGGACGGCGAGAACAGUCGGAUGCAUGCAAAUUGAUGUUCGAAAUACAAAGGAUGUACAGCUGCCAAAGCCCUAGCUUCGCCAACUUACUAGUUAGCAAGCAUGGGAAGUGCAAGCAUAGCAAUGCUUGGAAUUGUUCAUGAACAACUCACAGAAGAUAACUAUGAAUACUGGAAAGUAUGCUUGAAAAGGUACUUGGUCGGUCAAGGCUUGUGGGAUGUUGUAACUGGGAAGAUACCUCAACCAGUGAAAGAUGCUGAUGACUAUGAGGACUGGACAAAAAAGAAUGCAGUGGCUUUACAUGCCAUUCAAUUGUCAUGCGGACCAGACAUAUAUAAAAAGUUCAGGAAAACUACUUCUGCCAAAGAUGCAUGGGAGCACCUGGCUCCAUCACAUUUGAGACGACGAGAUGACCACGAAGAUUCGGGUGAAGAAAAUGAUAAGUUUCAUCACCUUAGUUAUCAGACCUUGUACAACGCAAUUGAAAAUGGGGAUUGGAAAGAAACAAAAAGAUUACUUGAUCUGCAUGACAACGCUGUCAGUGCGAGGAUUACAUCCACAGGGGAUACAGCUCUUCAUGUUGCGAUUCUGGCUGGACAUUUAGGGAUUGCAGAGAAGUUGGUGAAAGUAAUGUCAGUAGAUGACUUGGAAAUCACAAAUGAAUUCGGUAGCACAGCCCUCUCUCUUGCUGCCAUCAGUGGAUGCACAAAAUUAGCCAAAGCAAUAGUGAACAAGAAUCCCAAGUCGGUUACAAUUUCAAGUGAUCAACAUAUUGAUGGUGCCAUCCCUGUUAUUGUGGCUUCUUUAUAUAACCGGAAAGAUAUGGUACAUUACCUCUACAAAGUAACACCCAUUGAUGAGCUAAGUCCAGAGAGAGGCCACUAUGGUUCCACGCUGCUGCAUUGCCUGAUCAGUGCCGAAAUCUAUGAUGUUGCUUUGGAGCUACUGGAAGAGUACCCAAAAUUGGGUCUUACUAAAGAUCGUUUCGGAAAGUACACCCUUAGAAUAUUGGCUCAAAAGCCAUCUGCAUUUCCAAGUGGCACUAAACUCGUGUUUUGGAGAAGAUGGAUAUACUCAUGUAUCAAUGUACAUAUAUUGCCACAUCGUACUGGACCAUUACCAUUAUCAAGUGAUGAAGAGAAUACGAGAGGAGUCCAACAACCACCAUAUCGUAGAGGAAAUAUAAUUAGCAAAGCAAUGAGCCUGUUCGGAGAACUGGUUUCAGGCCUCUUGAAAAACUUUGUCCCAGAUUUAUAUCAUAGAAAGUUGGUACAUCGUGAAGCCCUCAGAAUCCUCAGUUGCAUUUGUAAGGGGAUACCAAAAUUGAGUGAGUCACAACUUUCUGAUAUUGGAAUUGAUGAAAUGAUCUAUGAUGCCGUUAAGCAUGGGAUAUUGGAGUUUAUUGUUGAAUUAAUAAAAUGUGAUCCUCCAAUCAUAUGGAGAAAAGACAGUAAAGGUAGAACAAUUUUUGCACAUGCGAUUAUCUUGCGGCAAGAGAAGAUCUUUAGCCUCAUACAUGGAUUUGGAACGAGGAAGAACAUUAUGGCACACCGACAUGAUAUAUUUGGUAACAACUUUUUGCAUCUAGCUGCCAAGUUGUCUCCUCCUGGUCAGCUUGAACGUGUCUCUGGGCCAGCUCUACAAAUGCAAAGGGAACUUCAAUGGUUUAAGGAGGUUGAGAAUAUGGUGCAACCCAAGUGCAAAGAAGAAGUCAAUGAAAACAGCAAAACACCUGUAACUCUAUUCACUGAGGAGCACAAAGAGUUAGCAAAAGAGGGAGAGAGGUGGCUGAAGAGUACUGCAGCAUCAGGCAUGGUUGUCGGCACCCUCAUUGCUGCUGUUAUGUUUACAACGGCUUUUACUGUUCCUGGAGGUAAUGAUGAGAAGACUGGCCUGCCUAUAUUUCUGAAGUAUGAGGCAUUUACGGUUUUUGUCGUGUCCAACGCAUUGUCGAUGUUUGCAGCAUCCACCUCAGUGUUGAUGUUUUUAGGAAUUCUCACAGCCCGUUACGCAGAAAAGGAUUUCUUUCGCUCUUUGCCGAUGAAAGUGAUCAUGGGUCUUUUCUGCCUGUUCUUGUCCAUCGUAACCAUGAUGGUAGCCUUCGGAUCUGCCAUAUAUAUGACGCUCAAUGAUCGUUUAUCUUGGGUUGACAUUCCGGUUAUCUUUCUUGCGCUCAUACCCAUAACACUUUUCUGUAUGUUGCAGUUUCCUCUUCUUAUUCAUAUAAUCCAUUGCACGUUUGUGUCUACCAUCUCGAGCAAACCCAAGAAACAUCCCCUUGGAGUUUGCUGAAGUUUGGAUGUGAUGUUUCUUUACUUUGGCUGCCAAAUUCAACCAUCUAUGGAUAAACUUGUCAAGAGGUAGUUGAAAUAACUAUUGUGAUUCUCUGGAGUAUAUGCUUGUAACUUCAUGCAGUUCACAUUGUCGAAUUCAUGGUUUAAGAUUUCAAGAACAAGGCAUUUUGUGUUCUAGUCAAAUUAAAUUGGUCUUCCGUGCAA